AUAUAUAACAAACAAACAAGUUUGGUUUCUCUGUGUGUGUGAAGAAAUUACAAGCGAUAAGACACCCUUUGAGAUUUCGUUUCAUUUUACGGACGAAAGAUUGAAAUUUUUGGUACACUUUGGUUGCAGGAAUGGCAGCAGAGUCCCAAAAGAAUGGCCCCAUCAAUGGCCGCUCUACUGAGAGAAAGCAGAGAGUGUUUGUGUUUGUAAAAGGGAGGAGCGAAGGCAACAAGAGCAUGAAGGAACUGCUGGGAGGGAAGGGGGCGAACCUUGCUGAGAUGGCGAGUAUCGGGCUGUCGGUCCCACCGGGACUCACAAUAUCGACUGAAGCAUGCGAGGAAUACGUUUUGGGCGGGAAAGAGCUACCUGACAGCAUGUGGGAAGAAGUCCUGAAAGCACUUGAGAUUGUGGAAAAGGAAAUGGGAGCUUCUCUGGGCGACCCUCGAAAAUCUCUCCUCGUCUCUGUUCGGUCCGGUGCAGCUAUUUCUAUGCCUGGGAUGAUGGACACGGUCCUUAACCUCGGGUUAAAUGAUGAGGUGGUCAAAGGUUUAGCUUCGAGGAGUGGGGAGCGGUUCGCUUAUGAUUCAUACAGACGGUUCCUGGAUAUGUUCGGAGAUGUUGUGAUGGGCAUUCCGCACUCUCUGUUUGAAGCGAAACUGCGGAAUCUUAAGAAUGUGAAAGGGGUGGACCUCGACACUGAGUUGACAGCCUCAGAUCUAAAAGAGCUCGUGGAGGAGUACAAGAAUGUCUACCUUGAAUCGAAGGGCGAAAGGUUCCCUUCAGAUCCAAAAGCACAGUUGAAAUCAGCCAUCAAAGCGGUUUUUGGUUCAUGGGACAGCCCGAGAGCUGUCAAGUACCGGAACAUCAAUCAAAUAACGGGCUUGAAGGGGACUGCCGUGAACAUCCAGUGCAUGGUGUUUGGUAACAUGGGAGACUCCUCCGGUACGGGUGUCCUCUUCACUAGGAACCCGAGCACAGGAGAAAAGAAGCUCUAUGGGGAGUUCCUUGUCAACGCUCAGGGGGAGGAUGUUGUGGCCGGGAUCAGAACACCGCAAGACUUGGAUGCGAUGAAAAUUUGCAUGCCCGAGGCUUACAAGGAACUAGUUGAGAACUGUGGGAUACUAGAGCGGCAUUACAAAGAUAUGAUGGAUAUAGAGUUCACAGUGCAAGAGAAGAAGUUGUGGAUGUUGCAAUGCCGAACCGGAAAGAGAACCGGCGCAAGCGCUGUCAAAAUCGCUGUGGACAUGGUGAAGGAAGGGCUCCUUGAUAAGUGCUUGGCAGUCAAGAUGGUGGAACCGCGACAUCUGACCCAGCUCCUCCACCCGCAGUUUGAUAGCCCAUCAACCUACAAGGACAAGGUGGUGGCCAUUGGGCUGCCGGCAUCUCCUGGGGCAGCAGUCGGGCAGAUCGUUUUCAAUGCUGAGGAUGCCGAAGAAUGGCAUGCUGAAGGAAAGAGCGUCAUCCUGGUACGGACUGAAACAAGCCCUGAGGAUGUCGGGGGAAUGCAUGCGGCUGCUGGAAUCCUGACAGCAAGAGGCGGCAUGACAUCCCAUGCAGCUGUGGUCGCUCGUGGUUGGGGAAAGUGUUGUGUCUCAGGAUGUUCUGAUAUUCGAGUCGACGAGACUUCCAAGGUGGUUCAGAUCGGUGAGAGGGUGAUCAAGGAAGGAGAGUGGAUUUCCCUCAAUGGCUCCACGGGUGAAGUUAUACUCGGGAAGCAACCCUUCUCUCCUCCUGCUUUGAGUAGUGAUCUUGAGGCUUUCAUGUCUUGGACUGACGAAAUAGCUCAGAUUAAGGUUAUGGCAAAUGUUGAUACCCCGGAAGAUGCGGCUAUGGCAAGGAAAAAUGGAGCUCGGGGCAUCGGAUUAUGCAGAACAGAGCAUAUGUUCUUCACUUCAGAAGAGAGGAUCAAGACCAUGAGAAAGAUGAUUUUGGCUGUUACUCCUGAGCAGAGGAAGGCAAACCUCAAUGCCUUAUUACCCUUCCAGAGAUCGGACUUUGAGGGAAUCUUCCGUGCAAUGGACGGUCUUCCAGUUACAAUCCGACUGCUGGAUCCACCGCUUCACGAAUUUCUUCCAGAAGGGAACUUAGAAGACAUUGUUAGAGAACUCUCGGCAGAAACUAGUCUCAACGAAGAGGAAGUCCUCUCAAAGGUGGAGAAAUUAUCAGAAGUGAAUCCCAUGCUCGGUCUUCGAGGAUGCAGGCUUGGGAUAUCAUAUCCAGAACUAACUGAGAUGCAAGCACGCGCCAUAUUUGAAGCUGCCUUCUCUGUUAGCAAGGAGGGCAUAACAGUAGUUCCUGAGAUAAUGGUUCCUCUCGUCGGGACUCCUCAGGAACUUGGACAUCAAGCAACUCUGAUACGAGCCGCAGCAAAGAAAGUCUUCUCCGAGAUGGGUUCUUUGUUGGAUUAUAAGGUGGGGACAAUGAUUGAGGUCCCGAGGGCUGCUUUUGUUGCUGACGAGAUAGCAAAGGAAGCGGAGUUCUUCUCGUUUGGGACAAACGAUCUGACGCAGAUGUCCUUCGGGUACAGCAGAGACGAUGUGGGCAAGUUCUUGCCGAUUUAUCUGUCCCAAGGCAUCUUGGAAACUGAUCCAUUCGAGGUGCUGGAUCGGAAAUCAGUGGGGGAACUGAUCAAGAUUGCAACUGAGAAGGGACGAAAAGCUAACCCAGAUCUAAAGGUAGGAAUAUGCGGAGAGCAUGGAGGGGAUCCCUCUUCAGUGGCGUUCUUUACUGAGGUUGGACUUGACUAUGUCUCCUGUUCUCCUUUCAGGGUCCCUAUUGCAAGACUAGCAGCUGCUCAGGCUGCAUUGUAAGAGCAAUUGGGCAAGAAAUGGAACGAGCCGUCACCUGGGUGUGUAGUAUGAAUAAUAACUUUCAGUUUCCAUGAGAAUAAGAUACGUCUUUAUCGUUGUCAAGCAAAUGAAAUAUCUCAUCUUCGAAAGAAGAAAAACAAUGCAUGUGAUGAAGAAAUAAGCUAAUCACAUUCCAAACAUUUCCCUCUCAAUACGGAGUGCCCAUUUUGCUUUUAUGAGGCCUAGUUGGGGCAAUCGUGCCCACGCUGUGGCCUCCGACUGGUGGUUUGUCGGACAAUUACGGGUUUGCUGCCGUAUGUGGUCUCAGUUUUGUAACUGCAUUGUUCUGUAUUCAUGGUAUUAUUCUGAUC